AUGGGAAAGCGCAAACUAGGUGCCUUAGAAAAGGUGGAUGCUGACCUGACAAAUCUUCAAUACAAAAUACGGCGAGAUCCCAAAUCCUAUGUCGAAGAUUUCCGCAGCCAACAUUUCCAAUAUGAAUCCCACCGAGAGAUAUUCAUGGCGGCGCCGUCUUCCGCCACGGACAACGGCAUCAUAUCGCUCCGGGACCUAAUCGAUUUCGUUGCGCAUGUUGCAGACUGCUACCCAAGCAUUACCAAAGACUUCCCGCAAGAGUUGAUUGAAAUUUUGUCCCUGCAUCACACGGUGUUGGACGCGGACUUGAGGGAGAAGAUUGUAACGAGCUUGGUAUUGCUGAGAAAGAAGGACAUCAUCGACUCUGCUACCCUUUUACAGACCCUCUUCCCAAUUCUCGUCUCAACUCCCAGCAAAACGCUACGAGCGUUACUAUUCCAAAAAAUCAUUUCUGACCUCCGCACUUCGAACUCGAAAGGUGUCAAUCACAAGUUAAACCGGACCAUCCAGACAGUGCUUUUCAACCUCGUCACUUCCGACCGGACUUCAUCAAAAGCACUUUGGGCAAUCAAGAUUACACGAGAGCUUUGGAGGCGACAAGUAUGGACCGACGCCAAGGCGGUAGAAAUUAUGAAAGAGGCCUCAUUGGCGGAGAAUGAGAAAGUAAUAGUUGGAGGAGUACGCUUUUUCCUCGGUGGUGACAAAGAGCGAGAGGAGCUAGAAGAUGAAAGUAGCGAUGAAGAGGCCUUGGAUGUAGCUCGCAUAAGACACCAGGUCGGAAUCAACAAGAAAAGUAAGAAGAAGACUCGGCAGGUGGAAAAAGCGAUCGCGACAGUCAAGAAAAAGGAGCGCAGAAAGAAUCAACCUCACCCUUUGAACUUUUCAGCCCUCCAUCUCCUGCACGACCCUCAAGGCUUUGCGGAAACCCUCUUUCAGAAACAUCUACAGAACACAAAAUCUCGGCUGAAUCUGGAACAGAAACUCCUCGUUUUGCAGCUGGUGUCCCGCCUUGUGGGCUUACACAAGCUCACUGUCAUUCAGCUCUAUUCCUAUUUCUUGAAGUAUCUAACGCCGAAGCAACCAUCGGUUACUUCUUUCCUCGCCAGUCUCGCCCAGUCUACCCAUUCUCUUGUCCCUCCUGAUGUCCUCGAGCCGUUGGUAACGAAGAUUGCGAAUGAAUUUGUUUCAGAAGCUGCAUCUGCAGAAGUUGCAUCCGCUGGGUUGAACGCUAUCCGGGAAAUAUGCGUCAGACAACCACUCGCAAUGAAUGAUACCCUCCUCCAAGACCUCGUCAUGUAUAAGAAAAGUAAAGAUAAAGGAGUUAUGAUGGCAGCCAAGGGACUUUUAGGACUAUACAGAGAGGUCGGUGCCGGGAUGCUGAAAAAGAGAGACCGAGGAAAGCAUGCCAGCAUUGCGCUGAGAACAGGAGGACAGAAAGAGAAGAGAUACGGAGAAGAGCAGGCUGGUGGAAUUGAAGGAAUCGAGUUGCUUGAGCAAUGGAAAGAAGAGGAAAGGCGAAAAAAGAGAAGGGAGAAGGGUUUGCCGUCCGAUGGAGAAACUGGGGAUGAAGAAUCGGAUGGUGAAGCUGAUUGGGCUGCCUGGGACGUUGAAGAAGAUGAUAGUGAUGACUCCGGUGGCUGGAUCGACGUUCAAAGUGACGUGGACAUCGACGUUAGCGACUCUGAGGACGAAUCUCCCGCCGCGAAGAAACAGAAAACUGGGGACGAUGCCUCUGGGGAGAGCAAAGAUAGCCAAGAUCGUCCGAAAUCCGAAGAACCUGCAAGCAAGAUUUCCAAACUCGCAACAACGAAAGUGUUAACUCCUGCUGACCUUGCAAAACUUGCGGAGCUGCGUGCCACAGCGACUGUGUCCGCUUUGGUUGGGAAUAAAUCCCGUGCACAAAAGCAGGCUGCUGCAAAUGCGGCCAGACACAUCGACGAUCCGCUUACAGCCGCUGAAAUAGAGGGUCUCGCUUCUCUGUCGGCUGGCAAAGCGACUCGAGAAGAGAAGAUUGCUCGGAUGAAUGAGAAUAAAACAGACAGAUCCGAAUUCAAGAGCAGGAUGGCACGCAAGAAAGAAAAGAAGGAAACUGAGGGCAAGAGCACGACUAAUAAGGAGAAGGCAAGGAAGAAAAACUUCCUCAUGACCCUUGGAAAAGCGAAGAGCAAGAAUAAACGGAGUCUGGUCGAAACGAGAGCUGUUCUUCGCGCACACAAAGAACGAUCCAAAAAAGGGGGGCGAAGAGGUAAUAAGUAAUAGGGAAAAGAUGCUUAUUGCA